ACACUCUGAUCUUCAAAACCAGUAACAAAGAAAAAUGGAGGUGAAUCUAUCAGCAGCACUGGAAACCCUAACUCCAUCACAAUACAUCACAUUCACAAUCCCAUCUCCAAUCAAACACCGCCACCUGUCCUCCUUCCACACUCCACUCCUUCACGUCGCCGUCCUCGAUUCUCCAACGUUGUCAGACACCCUUCCGCCGUUAAUCGCCGCCAUGAUCGUCCCAAACCACCGUGAAACCGACUGGAACUUCUGCACAAAAUCCGGCCACCUUCAGCUCUUAUCAUCCAAUGUCUCUCGUCUCAUCCUAAUUGGUAAUCAUUUUGAUAAUAAUAUAUCUUAUUAUAAUAAUGAUAAAAAUGAAUAUUGUGUUUAUAUUCGGCCCCCGGUUAUUGAUGCCUUAGAUAAGGAGAAACUAGAGAGUGAAUUAAAAGACUUAGUUAUUGCUUUACACCCGAAAUUGUGUUUUCAAAACGGUGUCCCGAAAAACGUGUUGUUUUUGAGUUACGAAGAUGAUGUGUUGUGUAGUGUGAUUGUGGGUAGGUUUGUCGGUCGUUUUGUUGGUGAGUUUGUUGUUGAGGAUGUUCAAGUGGAAGUGAAGGAUGGUACGGAGAAAGAAUUUAGGAGACGGUUGAGGUUUAAAAGAAUGCCUAAUUUGAUACAAUCACAAGUGCGUCUUGUUUGUGGUAAAGGUGACGUGGCGGGUGAUAUUGGGAGAUUGGAUUUAGGACGUUUGAGGGAAAUGAAGGAGGUUGAGUUUAGAGUUGAUACGGGGAUUUUGGUUCAUGCGUAUUUGAAUCCUAUGGUUUGUGGACUCUUUUUGAUUGUUGUGCCUUUAAAUGAACGAAUUGAACGAGGGUUGACUCCAAGAGCGUUGUGUUUAGGGGUUGGUGGUGGUGCUCUGUUAAGUUUCUUGAAUGCCCAGUUGGGGUUUGAAGUUGUUGGUGUGGAGGCCGACGAGGUUGUUUUGAGUGUCGCGAGAAAAUAUUUUGGGUUAAAGGAUGGGCAAUUUAUCAGAAUAAUUGUUGGAGAUGCCAUAAAAUUGAUUGAAAAUGUUGGGUCUCUAGGAACUAGCGAAGAUAUUUUGAAUGGUAAAUUUGAUGUAGUUAUGGUUGAUUUGGAUUCGAGCAAGGCCGUCUAUGGGCUUAGUGCUCCUCCACCGGAAUUUGUUAAGAAAUGUGUUCUCCAGGCCAUGAGAAGAGUUCUUCAUGAUCACGGUGUUCUUGUCAUCAAUGUGAUCCCUCGUGACAAACUGUUCUAUGAAACGUUGAUUCAAGAGCUUCGAGAUGUUUUUCACAAGGUCUAUGAAAUUGAUGUUGAUAAUGAUGGAAGUUUUGUUCUUAUGGCCACUUUGUCACCAAUCACCUCUAUUGACAAUGAUAAUGCUUUCUUGAAGAGACUGAGAUCUGUAAUUUCAGGAUCUUAUAUGGACUCCAUAGUGGAAUUGUGAGUUAUCUUUUGUGGCUAGUGUAUAGUAAAGGCCAAGUAUCAGUGCCCUAGGAUCUCAAAAGAGUCUUUUCUAGUAAAAUCCCGAAAACAACUUUAUUCAGGUAUUCAUAGUUUGUAACUAUCAAACCCAUUUUUUCAUUGGAGUAUACUCAUUUGACGUGUUACAGAAAAGUAAUUACCCAAGUCUAGCCAUUUCUAGUGAA